AUGCAUGCACCGCCCAUCCCAGGCCCCUGGGGCUACCGCCGAGACCUGCCUUCAAAACCACUCCCCCAGCUUGCCACGCCCCGCCGCUCGCUCUUCACCUCGAACCUGUUUCACCAGCUCGACCCAAAGGAAAUCACGACCCCAUUAGCCCGAUGGGAGGGCGUCACGACUCCGCCAAUCCCCUCGUCCUCGCCCGGCUUCGCUCCAGACUCAAUGGACAUCUCGCCCCUGCCCCACAAAGCCCCCUUUAGCUUCAUCAACGACCGUGACCGCUCCCUGCCGCUACCCUCGCCCUCUCCCGACGUCACCCCCGGUAGCGACAGCGACAUGCUGACGCCCUGUGACGACGCCGACACCCCGCCCACAUACCCGACGCCGACGCCGCUCGAGGUCCCAAGACCCGUGUCUGCUGCCGAUCGCCGAAAGUCCGCUCUCCUCCGCCCAUCGCUUUCGCGCUCAAAGAACUACACUACUAACUCGGUCUCUUUCAAGGACCAAGACAACGCUCCGCUGCCCGCCUUCCAGUUUGGAUGUGGUGACUUUAACCAGACGCCGUCGCUGGACGAGUGCUUCGCUGCCUCGCCUCCCCAGGACCGCCGCCCCACGUCGAAUGGCUCGCUGUUUUCCUCCAGGCCCAAGUCGCUCCGCCUCAACUCUGCUGCUAGCUCCACCUCGUCCACCGGCUCGCCCCUCUCUUCGGUGAGGAAGCCUGUUGGUCCUUCGUCGCGUCGCCCAAGCAAGUUCCGCAGAUCAUUGAGCAUGUUCGAACACCCCGGUGAUGUCAUGAAUGCCAAACAAGAGCAGGACAGCAACCACCAGCCCAGCGGCCUUCAGUCCGUCAUGGACGUCGAUGAUGCCAACCCGCUCAAACUUCCCCACUUCACCACCAGCGAGCCGGAGAGCCUCCCUCGCAUUACUCACGAGACAUUGGUCCAAGUGCUGGAUGGUGCAUACGAUCACUUGUAUGACAACAAGGUCGUCAUUGACUGCCGCUUCGAGUACGAAUACAAUGGUGGACACAUUGAAGGUGCCUUGAACUUCUGUGACAAGGAGAAGCUUGCCGAACGCCUGUUCCAAGCUCCCUCGAGUGCUAACACACUACUUGUGCUUCACUGCGAAUACUCUGCCCAUCGUGCACCUCUCAUGGCCAAGUUUGUUCGCUCUCAAGACCGCAAGGAGAACGCCCAUCAGUAUCCCAUGCUCUCAUUUCCUGAAGUCUACAUUCUCGAUGGCGGCUACAGCUCCUUCUACCAUGCCCAUGCUACCCGUUGCUACCCCCAGAACUACCUUCGCAUGGACGCCAAAGAGCAUGAACAGUCGUGCGAACGCGGCCUUAAUAAACUCAAGUUUAAGUCGCGUGCCAAACUCAACCGUGCUACUACCUUUACAUUUGGUCAACCUUGCCAGAUGGAAGACAGCCCUACUGCCAUGGGCCGCUCAAGAAGCGGAAACAACAUCUUCUCCCUUGGGAAUGACUCCUUGGAAGUCGGCCGUGUGUCCUCCCGGCGCCUGGCCUCGUAUUAA